AUGUUCCAUGGUGCUUGUGUGGAGCUCACCGACAACGAUCUCGAUGUAUUUCAAGGAACCGGCAAGGUUUGGUCAUGUAAGAAGUGUACCAGUGCUUUAAGUCUCCAACGAGCCAAUUCAGACUCUACUCCAGUUAAGGCAAACACAAUUUCAGCGACAAGUAGUAGUGCUCCAGUGACGAUCGAACAAUUAAAUAUUUUACUAACAAAAAUGAAAGACGAGCUACUGGAUAAGCUCGGAGCUGAAAUAUCUGCCUGCAGAAAAACUCUGGAAGAAAAUGCAAAGGAAAUCGCGAAGCAGGGGGCAUCAAUAACCGCCCUGAAGGAAGAAAACUCACACCUAAAAACCAAACUUCGGGAGUUAGAACUGAAACAGGACGAUCAGGAGCAAUAUGGCCGAAGAAACACCCUUGAAGUGUUCGGAGUUCCCGAGAUGAACAACGAGGACGUCCAGGGCAGAAUACUGGAGAUCGGGAAGGCGCUGAACGUGAAGCUGGACCGCACGUCGAUUGAUGCAUGUCAUCGCCUCCCUAGAAGAAAGGACAACAUCGCACCGGGAAUAAUAGUUCGUUUUGUUCGUCGUGGGGACAAGGAUGCACUGCUAAAGAACAGAAAACAAUGUAGAGACUUUUCAACUCAGCAUAUAAAAUUGCAGGGAAAUAGUCCAAUUUACAUCAAUCAGUCCUUAACGGCGGAUAGACGUAGACUGUUCGGUCAAGUCAAAAAGGUGCAAAGGGAGAGGGGUUUCCGUCAUGUGUGGAUCGACCGUGUAGGCCGAAUAAAAGUUAGAUGGGAGGAUGGCGGUCCAAUUCAUAUUGUUAGAUGUGAUGAGGAUCUCCAUAAUCUUAAAAAUGAGAAAAAGGACGAUGCCGACGUGAGUAAGAUUAAAGUAUAG